UGCUCUCUGCUCUCUGCUCUCUGCUCUGCCGUUUGUUCACCCAAAUGCUUGCGUGGUAGUUUUUAGGGCUCAGAUCUGCGGCGAUGGCGGUCGAUCUGAUGAGCUACGGCAAGGCGGAGGAGCAGAUCUCCAUUCAGGAAGCCGGCGCCGCAGGACUCCGCUCCAUGGAGCACCUCAUCCUCCGCCUCUCCGACUGUCGAUCACAGCAGCAGCUAGACUGCCGCGAGAUCGCCGACGUCACCGUGUCCAAUUUCAAGAAGUUCAUCUCCGUUCUCAACCGAACUGGGCACGCCCGAUUCCGCCGCGGUCCUACCGCGCCGCACCUGACGGCGGCAGAGCCGAAGCAGGUUAGUGCUAUGGCGGAAACCCUGAUCCUCUCCCCCGUACCUCUCCGGACCAAGCCUCCCCGGCAUUCCCUGCCGCCUUCGCCGCUGCCGACCCAGACACGGACCCUCGACUUCACCAAGCCGAUUCACGUCUCGGCGAGCGAGGCGUCGCCGCGGAGCCGGUACAACAAAGAGUGUUUCAACAUCUCGGCGACCGCUUCUUUUGUGUCUUUCGUCACCGGUGACGGCAGCGUGCGGAACAGCAGGACCGGUGCUGCGACAUCCCUCAUCCUCUCCCCGUCCGUUUCCGCCGGCAAGCCGCUGAUCUCCUUCUCAACGCUCGAUCGACGGUGCCACGAGCAUGUUCGCGCACACUCGGAGCAUAUCGACGGUAAGUACGCCGUUCCUAGCGAGCAAUGCCACUGCUCCAAGAGAAGUAAAUCUCGCCUCAAGCGGAUGAUCCGCGUGCCGGCAGUGAGCGCGAAGGUUUCUGACAUUCCCACUGACCAGUAUUCGUGGCGCAAGUACGGCCAGAAGCCGAUCAAGGGCACCCCUUACCCCAGGGGCUACUACAAGUGCAACACCCUGCACGGUUGCCCAGCCAGGAAGCAGGUGGAGCGGGCACGCGAAGACCCUUCGAUGUUGAUCGUAACGUACGAGGGGGAGCACCUCCAUACGGCGGUUGGCGCCGCCGACUCCGUCAUCUGAGGUCGUCCCUUCUCACGCAGUCUUCAUUCAAUUUCCCCUGUUCAUUUCAUCUUCCCCGAAAUGAAAAAAAAAACGAAAUGAAAAGGAGAAUUUUUUAUUUGCCCUGACAUUUAUUUUAUUUUCAAAUGCCUCGUUGAAAAGAAUUGUCAAAAUACUUCUGAGAGAUUCAAAUUCUCAGCAUUUUGCUUUCAAUCAUUUACAUUAUUAUCUAUCUAAACUUCAUGCAUCUGCUACGUUAUUUUUCCAGUUAAUUAGAGUAACAACAAUCUUAAUAAUUAGAGAAUGAAAUAAUAACAAUUUAAAAAGGUACUUGGAGAUUUUUCAAACUAUGAGUGUUGUCUAUUAAAGAUAAUAAACAUAACAUUUGACAAAGCAACACGUGGGUGUGGUUAAUUAUGGUUUAAUGUUUGGUGAAGUGGGUGGGUUUAGUCAUUAGGAGUUAAUUUAGUGUGGGAAUUAAAUGGUGCGUGUAGUUAGGUCAAAUAUCUUAUAUAGAUAGAAGAAGGAAGCUUGCAUUAGUCGGGGAUAAUGUAGAUAAUGGAUGAUGACAUGGCCUUUUAACUUUCACAGACUUUCCUGAUGCUCGACUUCUUUUAUCAAUUGCUUGCUUUGAAUGAAUGGUUUAGAAAUACAAUUGCAAUAAUCCAUUGGGUUUAUUUAUGAUAAAUUUUUUAAUUCAUUUUGUCGAACCGGAUCAACCAAAUCAGAAGGCAAGUUAGUCUCAACUCACAACUGGUUCAUCUGCUGUUUCUUUGUGAAAAACACUACUUGCAACACUUCGAUUCAAUAAACAAAGGCUAUGCCACCACAGUAUUUUGACUCGUGCAUAUAUGCCAAGUUUCUCCAAGUUGAUGACUGUCCAGGACUCUAAGUUGGUCUUUAUUUAUUAAAUAAAAUGCCUCUAUUCUCAACUUCUGUCUUGAAACUACUACAAUACAUCUAGUGGGUGGAGGUUGGCAUCUGAACCUAAUAGCAAUACCGGUAUUGGAUGAUGCUUGUGAGGAAAAAGCCAACCCCCACUUCAUUUGCUUUUGAGUGGUUGGAGGGGCAUGUGCCUUAUUUAUUUUGAUGACCAGGAAGGUAGCCAAGUUGAUUAAAACAUCGUGGAUAGAGCCAAAUGGGCAAAUAUUCAAAUCGAGUUCCACUCACUUGCUUAAUUAGCACGUUGUUUACUUGCUUGGUUUGAUAACUCAGUUAGACCUGACCCAUUAACUUGCCUAUUCAACCUCUCAUGUUUGCCUAGCUCAUUUAAUUUGACCAUUCCGAUUAGCUAAUUUUUCAAUUUGUUUGAUUUGCCUUACUUGUUCUACUUGAUCACUCUAUUAAGCAUAGAAUUUGAUGGCUCAAUUAACUUGUUGAUGGACAUGAUUUUCUCACCAAUAAUCUCAUUUAAGUGAGAUUAUUGGUGAGAAGAUAAUCACCAGGUCUUUUUGAAUGCUCAAAUUGUUCAUCGACCGCCUUGUAAAGCAUCAGAAUUAAAGAAAUUUGCUUUGCUUUGCGCGCAAUGGCUUAGCAUCCCGCAAGAUGAUUCAUGCAGAAAGCAUGGAAUGCAAGGCAACCAUACUUUAAAUGGUUAGUGUGGCAACGAAAAACACUCCCGGUCGAGUGCUGAACUGGAAAAGAAGAAUGGAGUUGGAAGAUGAUUAGAGAUAUCGGUGGUGUUAACAGCAUCCAGAGAUUCUAGACUUCUUGCACCAGGGCACGGAUGCAAAUUAAAGCACCUUCAGCUUCCAUCCUUCUGUACAAUUUCUAUAUACAUAUUCUAUUUUGUGUAUAAUAAUUGUUGCCAAACAAUGUUUUUUCGCCAACUUUUAAACAUAUACCUCCAUUAUAUAAGUUCAAAUAGGUCAACAAGAUAUAAGUUAGCCUAGAAUAUAUAGUGUUAUAAUAAAAUUAUUUAUUAAAACUAUAGAAUUAGUAUUUUUGUUUGAGUAUAGAAUGUUGGACCCCGUGGUUGUUUUGAUAUGAUCAACCAAGUUUGUUAAAUCUUGCUUUGUGUUUGAUCCUUGUGUCUGAGUGUGCAGGAGAUUAGAAGCGCAGAAAGUCGAACGGAAGACACAGCUAGCGAGAAGAACGGCACGGGAAGGGAGCCGACGGGUUCGAUGCGUCUGAAGGACGAGAGAGCUGCGGAAGAGUACACCGGUGGGCGAGAAAAACGUACGCGGCGUUCAAGGGGCGUUAAGCCGAGGAGGAAGGCUGCUCGAGUAGAAAGCCGGAAAUUGGGUUCGGGUGAACCAUAUUUCGGUUGGUCGUAAUCAUCCAAAAAAACGGAGCUUCGGAAGUCAAAGCGAAGGAAAAAGUGAGCUGGAAUUCAAGCUCAAGGCGCCUUCAUCAAAGCUUGAAGGCCCCUUCAUCUUGAAGGCGCCUUCAAUGCUUGU